AUGGUUCUCACUAGACACAUCCACCCAACUGAAUUCACCAGCAGCACGUAUACUCAUUAUCAUCUACUGGGAAUACCGCGAUCGAUAUCGAUAUCGGCUGGUACAUACUUUCACUACAGAAAUUCGGUCGCUUUGAACAUGGAGGUUGCGGGGGUUGUUCUCGGUGCAGUCGCGCUAGUUGGGCCAGUACAUGAUUUAUACGACAAAUGCACUACCCUUUUCGCCAACAUCCGUAACUACACGAAUGAUUUGAGGAGAUGUGGAGAGAAACUCUCCAUUCAAAAUAGAUCGGUUUCCCGGCCAUCAAAUAUUGUAAGCCGGGAAAAAAUCACAGCUUGGACUCUAAGGACUGGCUGGGCCGUGUCCGGAAAGAAAGAAAUUGAAGUCUUGAUCAAUACACUCCGUGUUCAAAACCAAGAUCUGGGAAAUCUUCAGAAGCAACAAAACUCUUUGCAAAAGAUUGGGGCCAGCCCCCGGCCGCAGGCUUUUCGUUCGAAACCUCUCGAUUCGAAAGCAAUUUUGGCGCAGCUUCUCGCCAUUUCCGAGGUUGCAAAAAGAGUUUACGACGGGUUGGCAGUAACUGCCCGGUGUUCUUGUCACCGUGUGAAUUUACAGCUCCGAGGACAGCCCAAAAGUCCAAAUAUUCCAAUGGGAAAUACAAGUCCAGAUCUCACUUAUAAUACUUCAAACCUCACCAAAAGUGCUUCGGCAGUCAACUUUUACCUUAUUCUGACGAAGGAGAUCGGAAAUCAGAAUAUCAACCUGAACUCUGAUGAUCGCUGUGAGUGCACAUGCAUUACUAUAAGUUCCGAGGUUCAGCAAUCUCUCCCGGGGAAUCCAAACCAAAAGUCUCAUAGGAUACCAGAUCCUAAGAGGAUAAUUAAGUUUGGAGAUAUUGAAACCUCUUCUGCACGCGCCAUUAUAACGGUGACCGAUGACAGUCAGCCUUCAAAGAAAAGGGCUAUGUCAAUAGAUCUUGGGACCGGAAAGAAAAGAUUGAAACUUGAGUUUUCCGAAACUAAUCAUAAAGCUCACCCCACAACGAUAUGUACCGCCACGGUAGAUAUUCAGACCAACAAUAUAACCCACGAUAUCGAUGAAAAUAGUGCUACACUUUCUAUAACCUCCCGAGAUAUUAUAGAAAUCGAUAGUCUUUGUUUACGACUUGCUAAACUCCGACCAGAUGUACGGGGACGGGAGCUUCUUGGGAAAAUAUCAAUAAACGAACGCGAUCAUUUAACCCGCCACUCAUGUCUUAUGUAUCGAGAGCCUCUGGUCUCAGGCUUUACUUCUCGAACUUCACUAGAGGCAAUUCUAACACGGCCCGAUAAAGAAUGUCUGUUACCCAUUGUAGAGCGUCUCAAAAUAGCCCAUAGGCUAUCACUCUCACUACUCUACUUCGGGCCGAGCUCUCCAUCGUGGUUUCAAGAACGAUGGCGAAGCCGGGAUAUAUUUUUCUUCCUAAAGCUCCAACUUCCAGACAAUGGAUACACCUUGGAUCCCUAUGUAGUACCAUGCUUUUCAGUGACAGCAAAGCCUCCUUCGAUCAAUGCCAAUACCCCGACUACACCAUUAAAAGGCAUCGCAUUGAAUGAACAACUCUUUUCCCUUGCAAUAGUGCUCAUCGAAAUUGCCUUUGGGGAAACGCUACUUAACAUCUACGAACCCAAGGAAAUUCCUAAGAAAGACGGCGAUGAUUUUACGGAAAUCCUUAAGGCUCGAAGCAUCCUGGGCUCGAAUUCCCUUUUAAGAAAGAUGGGACCUGUGUACUCUAAUGUGAUUAAGCGGUGCUUGGAUUGUCGAUUCGAUGGGACCCUUGAGUGUGAUCUCAGCAAUACUGAGUUACAGAAGAUAUAUUAUGAACAGGUCGUUUGUGAGCUUGAACGUUGUCUAAAGGCAGUCCAGAAAAUGCAUGAGAUUUAA